AUGGAGCAUUCAAAAGGAGCAGCACGUCUGCAAAGACAAAUCUUCCGUCGAUGGAGCUUCUGGGACAAUGUUCCUGCCAGCAGCUUUCCUGCUGUCGGGAGGUACAGCACUCAGACAGCAGAGAGCAAGGAGGAGGAGCCCCUGCACACCAUCAUCAGUGACACAGAGAAUGUGAAAGGUGCAGCCUCUAAGCAUGAGUUUCAGGCUGAAACAAAGAAACUGCUGGACAUCGUUGCCCGUUCCUUGUACUCGGAGAAGGAGGUGUUUAUCCGGGAGCUCAUCUCCAACGGCAGCGACGCGCUGGAGAAGCUGCGCCACCGCCUGAUGGCAGAAGGGAAGGCCUUGCCAGAGCUGGAGAUCCAUCUGCAGACAGACAGCAAGAAGGGGACCAUCACAAUCCAGGACACAGGUAUUGGGAUGACCCAGGAGGAGCUGGUUUCUAACCUGGGUACUAUUGCUCGCUCAGGCUCAAAGGCUUUUCUAGAUGCUCUGCAGAGCCAAGCUGAAGCCAGUAGUAAAAUCAUUGGCCAGUUUGGAGUGGGAUUCUACUCAGCCUUCAUGGUGGCUGACAAAGUGGAGGUGUUUUCCCAGUCUGCAGAGCCAGGGAGCCCAGGCUACCACUGGUCAUCUGAUGGUUCAGGAAUGUUUGAGAUUGCAGAAGCAUCUGGUGUCAGAACUGGGACCAAGAUUAUUAUCCAUCUCAAAGAAGACUGCAAGGAGUUUGCAAAUGAAGACAGAGUCAAGGAGGUGGUGACAAAGUACAGCAACUUCAUCAGCUUCCCACUGUAUCUCAAUGGGAGAAGAAUGAACACUUUGCAGGCACUCUGGAUGCUGGACCCCAAGGAGAUCAGCGAGUGGCAGCACGAGGAGUUUUACCGCUUCAUCGCUCAGGCCUUCGACCGGCCCCGCUACGUCCUGCACUACCGGGCUGAUGCUCCCCUCAACAUCCGCAGCAUCUUCUACGUGCCUGAGCAGAAACCAUCCAUGUUUGACAUCAGCAGGGAACUGGGCUCCAGCGUUGCCCUCUACAGCCGCAAAGUCCUGAUUCAGACCAAGGCUGCAGACAUCCUGCCCAAGUGGCUGCGAUUCCUUCGAGGUGUGGUGGACAGCGAGGACAUACCCCUGAACCUGAGCAGGGAGCUGCUGCAGGAGAGUGCCCUGAUCCGGAAGCUCCGAGAUGUUUUGCAGAAGAGGUUGAUCAAGUUCUUCAUUGAGCAGAGCAAGAAGGACCCUGAGAAAUAUGCCAAAUUCUUUGAGGAAUAUGGAGUGUUCAUGAGAGAGGGGAUUGUCACGAUAGCAGAGCAGGAUGUCAAGGAGGACAUAGCCAAGCUGCUGCGUUACGAGUCGUCCGCCCUGCCCGCGGGGCAGCUGACCAGCCUGCCCGACUACGCCUCCCGCAUGAAGGCAGGGAGCAGGAACAUCUACUACCUGUGUGCACCCACCCGGCACCUGGCAGAGCACUCCCCCUACUUUGAGGCCAUGAAGAAGAAGGACAUGGAGGUCCUGUUCUGCUAUGAGCAAUUUGAUGAGCUGACACUCCUGCACCUUCGGGAGUUUGACAAGAAGAAGCUGAUCUCAGUGGAGACAGAUAUUGUUGUUGAUCACUACAAGGAAGAGAAGUUUGAGGAGAGCCGUCCAGCUGCAGAACGUCUGACAGAGAAGGAGGCUGAGGAGCUGAUGGCCUGGAUGAGAAACGCCUUGGGCUCUCGAGUCACUGGUGUGAAGGUGACCACCCGGCUGGACACUCACCCUGCCAUGAUCACUGUGCUGGAGAUGGGGGCUGCCCGGCACUUCCUGCGCAUGCAGCAGCUGGCCAAGACCCAGGAGGAGCGUGCCCAGCUCCUGCAGCCCACCCUGGAGAUCAACACAGGACAUGCUCUAAUUAAGAAGCUUAAUGAGCUGAAGGACAGCCAGCCCGAUCUGGCUCAGCUGUUGCUUGACCAGAUUUAUGAGAAUGCCAUGAUAGCAGCAGGACUGAAUGAGGAUCCCAGACCCAUGGUGAACAGGCUGAACGAGCUUCUCACCAGAAUCCUGGAGAAGAACUGAGCCCCAGCAGAAUGCAGGAUGAACUCUGUGCUGAUGCCCCUUUUCUGAAUGGCAGUCCCUGUCAGCUAUGGCAGCACCUGCUUGCAGGCACUGUGCAGAGAGGGCUUCAUGUGGCAGAAAGUCAGGGAGAAUGCCAGGGCCUUCCAACCCUCACACACGGGGAGGAGCCAGUUGGAAUGAUGAAAUCAUGUGUCAUCAACCUGUUCAA